UAAAACACGGAUAUAACCCCAAACAGAACGCGUAAGAAGUACGCAAAUUUUUCUCCCAACAGAGAGGAAUCACUCUCAGAAGUGAUCGUAUGGGGCUACCCCAGGGAGACGAGGAUCUCCGCUUGGGAUCGUAUGUGUGAGGCUGAGAGUCGAACAAGGGGGAACAAGGAGUGUUCCAGAAGAAGUGCAGGUUUUUCUCCAUUUUGUGCUGCUAAGCUUGCAAAUGGGGAAGGGUGCACGGAUGACGAUGAAGAGCAAAAGAUGGGAGCUUCGAAGGUUCAUAUACAAGCCCUUAGAGAGGCGCAUUUUGCUGAAAUGCAGGAAUUCUAUCUGAAGAUCUCCCGGCGAUAUCAACAGGAUGAGAUGUUGCCUCAUGCAAAGCAAUCUGAGAAUUUUGAGAAAUUGAGAAGGUUCAAAAUGUUUCUGGAACGCGUGUUAGCUCUCCUUCAGAUCUCUAAAAGUAGUAUUACAAUUAAAGUCAAAGAAAAACUUCCUUAUUAUGAGAAACAAAUAAGUGGAUUGUUAAGUACAAAUAGAAGGCCAAGAUUGGUUCCUGUACAGCAGCAAGGCCAACAGCAGCUACAGCAUCCUGUUGGGCAUGCUCCCCAGCAUCAACCAUCUCAAGUUUUACCGGUGCAGCAGCAUGAAAAUCAUGGAAACCAGGCGCACCAAUUGAAUAUGACAGUUUCUAUUACAACUAUUGAAUUGGAAGUGCCCUCCCGUAUGCAACAUGGGUCCGUGACAUCACCUACUUCAGCUGCUCCUUCAAGCAGACUGCAACAAAUUAUGUCCAGUCUGCCUUUUAAUUGGAUCUGGUCCAAAAUGGAAAUUCUAAGAAGGCUUCUUUCUGUUGAUGUUGUUGAGGGAACGACCCAACUCAAGAACAUGGCUGUACGAUUUGAAGAAAAGAUGUAUAUUGCUGCUGUCAAUCAGUCAGAUUAUCUAAGAAAGAUUUCCUUGAAAAUGCUUUCAAUGGAGACGAAGACCCAACAAAAUACUCCAAUGAACCCACAAACUAGUGUUAACCAAAAUUCUACAGACACACCACAAGUGAACAAUCAAGGACAAACACUGGCACAGAUUCCUUUGGUUGAUCAGUCUUUAGGAAGGCAGCAGCUUUUAGCUCAGAACCUGCAAAAUAACACUCCUGCUCCGGUGCAAAGUUCUUCUAGUCUUUCAGCGUCUCCUUCUAUUACAGGGCUUACUCAGUCAACCAUAACGAAUUUUGGUCAUGCAUCUAACAUGCAAAACAUGCCGGGGAUAUCACAUAGUUCUGUAAAUAAUUCUCUAUCACAGGGAACAACCACAGAUAUUUAUGCCAACACACAGAGGCAUGUUCAAGGAAGGCAGCAGCAACAAUCACAAAAUCCACUUCUCUACCAAAAUCAGCUCCAACCUCAGUUGAUAAAGCAGAAAAUACACAAUAAUGCACUUCUGCAGCCAUCCAUGCAGCAGCAGCAGCAACAGCAAUCUUUGUUGCAAGCAAAUCAGCUACAACCUUCUCAGCAGUCUGUGAUGCAAAUGUCAUCUAGUCUUGCAUCUGGCCAGUCCUCUAUGCAGCAGUCCCCGGCAACAACCAUUCAAUCUGCUUCUCAGUCUGCUCUUCAACAGAAUCAGCUGAGCUCAAUUCAACAAUCUGUAUCAUCCCUACUGCCACAACAUGUGCAAGCAAUCGCUAGACAAUCACAGCAACUGCAGUCUUCUCUUCACCAGCAAACAAACUUGCAAACCCAGCAGCAGCAGCAGCAACAACAACAACAACAGUUGAUAGGCCAACAGGCUAACAUGCAAAACAUGUCGAACAUUCAGACAAAUCAAUUGCUUAGUCAGCAAAACAAUAUUGUUGACAUAAAGCAGCAGCAGCAGCAGCAAAGAUUGCCUGUCCAGCAAAAUAAUCUUAUCAGCAUGCAGCAGUCUCAGCAGUUACUCAAUCAGCAUUCUUUGUCUUUGCAUCAGCAGCAGUUAGGCCAGCAAACCAACAUACAAGGUCUCCAGCAGCAGCAACAAUCCCAAUCUCAACAACAACAUCAGCAGCAGCAACAGUUACUUGGUUCACUACAGAACAUUUCAAAUAUGCAGUCACAUCAGCAUUCCAUUCAGCUUCUUCAGCAGUCUAAAAAUGUGCCACAGACACAGCAACAGUUGCAGCAGCCAUCUAUGUCAUUGUUGCAGUCACAAGGUCAACAGUCGCAUCAUCUGUCGUCACAGCAGCAGCUGAUGUCACAAUUUCAGUCUCAACCAGGGCAGUUGCAACAGCCAUUGGCCAUGCAACAGCAAUCAAAUUCCAUGCAAAGGGAGAUGCAGCAAAGGCUUCAAGCGUCAGGUGCCUUGCUUCAGUCAAUGGAGCAGCAGAAGCAAUUCAUGCAGUCACAAAGAGGGAAUCCUGAAGUUUCAUCAAGCAGUAAGUCAUUUUGUGUGAUGCAUUGUUAUAAGAAUUCGACAAGUCAAGCCCUGUUGUUCAUGCGGCUUUUGCUUUAG